CCGCAACCUCAGCCUCCUUCCAUCAAUGUCACUGCGCCAACUCCUCGUCCUGAUAGCAUCGCCGACUUCGACCAUACGCUGGUCCCCGGCCCCCUUCGCCCUUACCCUCGCCCUCGCCCUCGCCCUCGCCCCCGCCAAGGUCAAAUCCAAGACUCGAAGUCUUUUUUAGGGGCGCGCCUCGCAUCGAAUAGAGACAGCGACAUGGACAGACUCCAGGUUCGAUCGACGGAGUUCUCCAGUGUCAAGGCCAAGGCCGUCGAAGAUGCGAGGCAAAUGCAAGCACAUGUGAUCGAGGAGUGCACCAAGGCUGGCAAGGACCCGCCCCCCUACGGUCUGGUCGAGCUGAUUGGAAAGGGCAGCUUUGGACGUGUGUACAUGGGCAAGGACAUGAAAUCCGCAGCCAUCGUCGCCGUCAAGAUCAUCGAUAUUGAUGAGAGCGAUACCCUCAACCCACGCACCGCCGAUUCGUACAGCGAGUUCCUCAAGGAGGUCAACGCUCUGAAGAUCCUCAGCGAGAACAAGGCCAAGAACAUCAACCAUGUGAUCGAGGCUUUGCCUGUUAACCAAGCUAUGUGGAUGAUUACGGAACACUGCGGCGGUGGAAGUGUUGCAACUCUAAUGAAACCUUCUGCUCCUGCGGGACUGAUGGAGAAGUGGAUCAUUCCAAUUUUACGAGAGGUAGCUGAGGCCCUCAAGUGGGUUCAUCAGGCUGGUAUUAUCCAUCGAGAUAUCAAGUGUGCCAAUGUUCUGAUUACGGAACAAGGUGGUGUACAACUUUGUGACUUUGGCGUUGCUGGUAUCAUUGAAAAUAAGUUGGACAAGAGAUCGACUAUCAUUGGAACACCCCAUUGGAUGGCUCCUGAACUUUUCAACGACACACCCAGUUACGGCAAGGAGGUCGAUAUCUGGGCUUUUGGUGCUAUGACAUUUGAGAUUGCCACGGGGCUCCCACCUAACGUCGCAAAUGGCAUUCCUUACGAGCGCCUGGGCAGUCAUCUGAAGAAGAAUGUCCCUAGACUGGAGGGCGGUGAUUACUCAAACGAACUUCGCAAUAUGGUAGCUUACCUACUCGAGGAGGAUCCCAGCGCAAGACCAACUAUCGAGCAAGUACAGAAGCACAGGUAUAUCGCCAAUACUAGCUCAACCUAUCCUACAACCAAUCUGCGGUCUCUUGUCGGCUCGUUCAGGGUGUGGGAGUCACGAGGUGGUGACAGGAAGUCUUUGUUCAUGCAGCACGGCGCUCAAGGGCCAUCUUACGCUUCGUCUGGCCAGGAUGAGUGGAACUUCAGCACCACAGAGGUCUUCGAUCAGAAGGUCAUGGAAGAGUUCAGCGCCCAGGAUGUCUUCGAUGCCUACGGUCCAUCCAUCAGUUUUGAUGAGGCUACUGCUCGUCCUAACCAACGUCAACCCACCAAAGCCUCAAGACGACGCCCUCCGCCCGAAGCCCUUGCCCGCAUGCCUGCUCCUUUAGAGAAAAUCUUCGACCCCAAUACCAUGACAAAUUACGAAGACAACAGCAGGGUCCACUACGGAAAGGUCAUGACCUCAGCACCUUCUACAUCUGACUUACCAUUGAGAGACGAUUCGGCUCAGACGUCUAUCAAGGAUACCAUGAUUGAUCUCGGUGGUCACGAUAGUGAGACUGGUAUAUCCAGCUUUUCUGAUAUGGACACCAUCAAGGCUGGACGCCGUCAAGAUGAGAACGAAGAUCAAUACAAUUCCACCUUGCACGAUUUCAGCCGACCUGCUCUGAGCGAUCCCGCCGAUAUUAACACCAACAGGAGAACUCAAGACUGGAAGUUCCCAUCUAUGGCGCCGCCCGCUUCCGCUGAUCCCGAGCUGUCACGAUUCCCACCUGCUAGCUACGAAUUGCCACGCCCUGCUGUUACUCCUGGCUCCGGUAGCCGUCCCACCCUCGUUCACCAUCCCACAGAGCCGGUCGGUGCCUUCGGCGGUGGCCUUCUCGGCACGACUACAUCUACAAUGGGACGAAUGUCGAUGCGUGAAUCGUUGAUUGACCUCGACAUGAGCCUUCCAGACUCCAUUCCCGAAAUUCGUCGCCCUUCGACUGCAAAUUCCGAUGUCUCUGCCUCAAGUGAGCAAAUGACCUCUGCAAACCCUUUCGAACUCGAGCGUCAUGCCUCGCAACUGUAUCAACCCGUCGCCGAACGAGGCUCGGAUCAUGCCAUUUAUAUCAGCGAGGAGUCUGCUGUUCCAACCCGACUCCGAAAUGGCAAUCUUCAUCAAGACAUCGCCGACGUGUCCGAUUUCUCGGCUUCUGAUGUUGAAGGCCCGCAAGCCAAUGGUCGCGCUAGACGUCUUCCGCAGUACGACGGCGCCGAUGAUUCUGAUUACCAGGCUAUGCCACCGCCUCCUCUCCCCAACCAAGCAGAAUCUCAGACUUCUGGUCAACCUUAUACCAUGGCCCACUUCCCGCCUCUACCCCCUCAUCCAUCGGUUGCAGCUCUUACAGGCACUGCCUCCAAUACAGAAAUGCAGGACGAACUUAGACAAGCUCUUGCAGGUCUGAACGCACAGCUCUCCGCCUUCAAGGAUGUUUACAGCAGCGCCGAGGGCCCUCCUCGCCGCGGUUCUGCCCCUGCACGCCAAGAGAAUGCCCAGGAUUGAGGAAAUUCAUAUCUUGUUAGUUCUUGUACGGAUCCCAUUAAAAUGUUCUCUUUUCAUUCAAAAGUCAUCAAAAGUCAUCAUAGCGACGGCGUUAAGAGGUGUAACAAGAUGAUGACACUGGAUGAUACCAUAACGAAAAUAAAACGAGUAAAUCAAUAUGAUUCCAUUUGAAAUGUGGCACUUUCAUGCAAUCAAUCAUAAAGAUUUUCUUCGAUGUCCACUUGGAGGCUUUUAUCGAGAUUUGACGUAUUUUUGACAUAUUAGUGUUGAUUUCCAUACCACUCUCAUUUCCAACUAACGGAGCGACGUACUAGCAUCAAAGCAUAAGGCCAUUGAGACCCUUUCCUUCUGUCCAAAAGGUCAUCAAGAGGUCACCAUCGUAGCGAAGGCGUUUACGGGAUGUAACUAGAUGGUGACCAUAAUGACACUACAAUGAAAU